UGCUGCUACGACUUAGAAAACAGAGAAAGAGCAGACAAUAAUUUGAGAUUACACAGUCACCGUGUAAAUUAAUUUGUUGCCUCGACCCGUGUUAUUUUGUUUAGUUACCCCAGUAUAGUGUGCGUUUGCUGAUAUCAUUGAAACGACUCAACCGGUUUACGAUUUUGGUACUCACUGGGUGGGCAUUAUCCCCAUUCCCUAGCUAGUUAGUUAGUUAGCUAGCUAGCUAAGGGUGCUAGCUUAGCUAGCUAGCUAACUAACGUGAACUGCCGCUGCUCGGCCGUUAGCAACCAGUGGUCCACACAACAGUUAAACUGAGAACACAUUAAUUGUUGGGCUGGAAGCUGGGAGUUUCUUCUGUCUGAAAUCAGUCAUGGAGAACGAUCCUUGUGUCGAGCAGAAGGAUGUUGAUGCUGCUGUGGACCAAGUUAAAGAGCCAGCAGCCACAGCUUCUUACAGAUACACCAAGGAUAAGCUUCUGGAAAUAAAAGAACUGCCAUUCUCAAAUGACAGACCAGAAUGUCUUUCUGAGAAAUAUGACAGUGAUGGUGUCUGGGACCCUGAGAAGUGGCACGCCUCACUGUAUCCCACUUCAGAGUGUAACUCUCCAGUGGAAGGUUUUAAAAAGGACUAUGUGGAUGACAGAGUUCCUUUGAAACGAAGAAUUCCAGAUCCUCGAGAGCGGUUAAAGGAGGAUGAUCUGGAUGUCAUACUGAGCCCGCAGCGACGCAGCUUUGGAGGUGGAUGUCAAGGCAAUGCUGCAAUUGCACCCCAUGUCCGUCGCCCAAUUAGCCCCCUGGAAAAUAAGGAGAAUGAGAGUCUUCGUCUAGGAGGGGCACGCAGAAUUGGCAGUGGCCGCAUAAUUGCUGCCCGAGCCUUUGAGAGAGACUCACGUGUGGACAAAGAGAGAGAACGUGAGAGAGACUAUAAGGAUAAAAGAUUCAGGAGGGAUUUUGGUGACAAACGGGUGUUUAAUGAAAGGAGAAGGAAUGACUCGUAUGCAGAGGAGGAGCCGGAGUGGUUCUCAGCGGGUCCCACCAGUCAGUCUGAGACAAUUGAACUCAUUGGAUUUGAUGACAAAAUCCUUGAGGAUGAUAAACGCCGGUCCAAGCGGUCAAGGAAGCGGGCAGAGUCCAUAAGAGAAGCAGUGGAAUGUAAUGGUGGACAGGCAGAUGAGCGAAAUGCAGGUUUGCAGUUUACUGCUGAUCAAGAGGUUCCCCACCCUGAUGUUCUGCCUGAGCAGACGACUGGGGACUUUGACUUCAAUGAAUUCUUCAAUCUGGAGAAGACCAUGCCAGGACUGGCCUCUGCUCCUUUUUCUGUCUUGCAGAUGAUAGAGGAUGUUUUGGGCGAUGGUCCUGUAUCGGCUAGUCGCUUCAGUCAGUGGUUCUCCAGUAACCUGAGCCCUUCAGGCAGCCGGUCCAGCAGUCUGAGGUCCACUCCACAUGAAGAGCUGGAAAAACUUGCAGGGUUUGAGCCACGUGCCACGUCCUCUAACCAAGGCCCUGCCUCAUACUUCACACCUAUUCAAUCAUCUGAGUGCAAGGAGAAGGUGGACAUCCUGGAGCUGUUGCACAAGGCCAAAAUAGACUUGAAGCCUCUUCUUUCCACCCUGUCUGUCAACAAAGCUCGGCUACGGGAAAGCACUAACUGUGGAGCGGUGCUCUCGCUGGAGGAAGUGGAGGGAGAAAUGAAGGGGAUGAAGCUGGGCUCAGAACCACACGUGCGAAAAGUGCCGCCACCUCAAAGAGGAAAUGGCACUCCCUUCAUGGCUCAACAUUUAGAGGAAGCUUUAACUGGUGGCUCCAGUGCCCGGCCACACUCGCGUGACACGGAUAUGUCGGCCUUUAAUAAACUAGUCAGCAACAUGAAGGCCAGUGGAACUCUGCCAACUCACCCCAAAACCAAUAUGGAAAUUCAACCUUCAGACCCAGCUGUGGUGACGAUGUCUGAAGCACGGGUGCCUCCUCAGCAGCAGAAAAACAUAUUUCAGGAGCUCCUGGGAGGUCCUGCUCGAAGUGCCUCUCCUACACUACUUGGUAAUCUGUUGUCCAGCUCUGAGGGCCCAACAAACUCUGCCCCUCUACAUGGCCUGCUACAUAAGGACCCGUCACCCCCUCUCUUUCCACAGAGGGCACCCUCACCUGACUACUUCAACAGUCGGAUGCAUCCUUCAGCAGGUUUUCCUGGUGGUCAUCAGUCCAUGCUGCCGGAACAGUUUGUUGAUGUUCACAGGUCUAUCAGCCCUGGAUCUGCUGCACAGCAACAGAUGAGGUUGCUCUCGAUGCCUAUGAAUCAUACAGACCUGGAAGCUCUGGCAUUUCAACAAGACCUUGCUCUACAUGCUCAUCACUCAUUCCAGUCUGGCUACAAGCCACCACUGGACAAAUCCUUUCGAAAUAGACUGCAGCGUGUUAAUCGCUCCCCUGGUCCAGGCCCUCAGCAUGCUGAAAGAAACUCUCCAGGCAACAUGGUCACCAGCAUGUUGUCCCCGUCAUUUACACCUACAUCUGUGAUCCGCAAAAUGUAUGCAACAAAAGAGAAAAGCAGAGAUGAACAAUCAAGUCGUUUAGAGAUGAAGGAAGAGGCAGCAGGACACACUCGAGAUGACGGCAGCUCCGCAAAUCUAUACCUGGAGAUGAUGGAUGGUGGUGCUUCCCAGUCUGGGGGGCUAAAGACUUGUUCACAGACCUUGCCAAGCAAGGACCAUGAGCGACUUAGGCCGGGACACCAUACGCCCACGAUGGUACCUCCAGGACCCUCAUCUUUCCCACGUCCCAUCUAUCCCGUACCGCUGCUAUCACAUGUACCUAUGGCGCGCCCUCCUCCCCAGCUUCACCCUAAUGUGGUUCAACGAAUGCUGGCGCAGGGUAUCCAGCCCCAGCAACUAGGUCCUGGUCUUGUGCAGGCAGGGAUAUUUCCAACACAUGUUGACCUUGCUCAACUUCAAGGCUUGCCUCCUUCCCUGCUUGGACAACAGCUGUACCCUCUAAGUGCAACAGGGCAUCCACUUCUACCUCCUCGAGCCAAUACUCAAAUGCAAUUGCCAGUAAUGCAGCAGCAACUUCAGCAACAGAGACCAAUGCAUCCAGGCAUUUCAGGCCUUCAGUCACAGAGCCACGGCCUUCACCGGACAAAUGGCUCCCAGCAACACGGGGGAACCCCUUUAGGCCUCGCCAAGUGGUUUGGAUCAGACGUGUUGGAACAACCUCUACCCUCCAUGCCGGCCAAGGUCAUAAGUGUCGAUGAAUUGGAGUUCCGGCCAUAAAAAAAUAUACACUGCUGGAAGAAAGAUAUUUUUUUCCUUUUGUGCCCAUCUCCACCUCCUCGUUACCCUAAAAAUGAACUUUAAUUUGAAAGACAGUGCACAGACCUGGACAGUCUAACCUUGCCAUGCUUUGUCUUCAACCUUGAAGUUACUGUUUUUUGAAGAGGCUCAUCAGCAGAAAAGAGAAGACAAAUGAUGGCGCUGUGUUUUGUGACUGAGUGAUUUUUUUUUUUGUAUUAGACUCUGCGCAGUAAAUAA